UGCCGAGCGUCAACACUAUACAUACCCCACCCCACGUCGUUUUUGUUUCAGAAAGAGAUAGCAUAAAAAAGUAAAUGGAUUCGGACAGCGUUGAACGAAGGCUCCACACCUUAGCACAACAUUUCAUCGCCGAUAAAGCAGUCAAACCGGGUCCGGAAGCUACUGCCAGCACCACCUGUUGGAGCAAACGAGCGGCGGUUCUGGUGUGUUUGUUUAAAGGGGAAGAAGACGACCUGCACGUCAUUCUCACAAGGCGAGCCUCAACUCUCUCUUCUAACCCUGGCGACGUUGCGCUCCCCGGUGGGAAAAGAGAGGAAGGGGAUGCUGAUGACGUGGACACUGCCCUCCGGGAGGCCAAGGAGGAGAUCGGCUUGGACCCGUCCCUAGUCAAGGUUAUCACCGUUUUUCAACCCAGUUUAACCAAGAAUGGUAUGACUGUGGUUCCUGUAAUUGGCCUACUUUCAGACUUAAAAGCAUUUAGUCCCGCUCCAAAUGCUGCAGAAGUGGAAUCAAUUUUUUAUGUUCCCUUAGAAAUGUUUCUCAAGGAUGAGAACAGAAGAGCGGAGGAGAAAGAAUGGAUGGGACACAAGUAUCUGUUACAUUGCUUUAACUAUGAAGCAGAUGGUAAAGAGUAUGUCAUCUGGGCUUUCACUGCUGGCAUUCUGAUAAGGGUUGCUUCAAUUGUGUACCAAAGGCAGCCGGCAUUUCUCGAACAGAGGCCCAAAUUCUGGAAUUAGGUUUUUAUGUCAACCGGCAUUGCUUGAGUCAAAUAUUUAUCAACUUUGAGCUUAGACAACAAUCCAAUUUGUGCAUAGUUCAUAGUAUUAUUCUUCGCAAA